AUGGGAGGGUCUCCUACUAGUCUAACGGAAGCUUCCCCACUACUCUCGCGUUACCCUACCUCAUACCCUACUGUGUACCUUACUCCAUACCCUACUGUGUGCCUUACCCCAUACCCUACUGUGUACCUUACCCCAUGCCCUAUUGUGUACCUUACCCCAUAUCCUACUGUGUACCUUACCCCAUACCCUACUGUGUACCUUACCCCAUACCCUUCUGUAUACCUUACCCCAUGCCCUACUGUGUACCUUACCCCAUACCCUACCGUGUACCUUACCCCAUACCCUACUGUGUACCUUACCCCAUACCCUACUGUGUACCUUACCCCAUACCCUACUGUGUACCUUACCCCAUACCCUACUUUGUACCUUACCCCAUACCCUACCGUGUACCUUACCUCAUACCCCCCUCCUCCCCAACUCUCUUCCCUGCCCAUUUUCAACCCCUACUAUCGCUAUGAUGCCUAG